UCCGACCAUUUUGUGUCAAAUAAAACUUCCUUCUUCAUCAUUACUUCAACCGAACCACACGUGCUUCUGUCUAUUCCUAAUUUCCCUACGGCACUGCAAAUCUCUAACAGUUCUGCUAAAUUGCCAAGGGUUUCAUCGCAUUGCUUACCCAGUUCCAUUUGUUUUCCAGGUUUAAUAUUACAGUCACAGCUUCAGGGGACGAGGGUUUAUGCAGUCUAGCAGCAGCAUUGUUAAAAAGGUUCCGGUUCAUAGGAAAUGAAUGUGGGGGUCGAGGAUUCAUGCCGCCUCGGGUGCAGCUUCAUUUAAGUGCUAGAGCGAAAGAUCGGGAGAUAAAUGUCGUCCCGGCAGCUGCAGUAGUGUUAAACAACAUCGAGGGUCCAUUUCAUUCAUGCCACACGAGCCACGUUCAAACUUGCGUCAAGUACAAUAGCAGAGCGAAAAGGAUAUUAGAAGCAUUUGUGAUACCACAUCAUCAUAGGUGACAAAUCUCCAGAUGAGACGAGUCCAGACGAGUGCUUUCUGUUAUGGUGAAUAUUUUGCCUUAGUGAGCCAACCCGUAUGCAUCACGGCUCUCACUGAUGAGUGCACGCAUCUCGUGAGAUGCCGUUAGGUUCGGGCUUAUGACGUGAUCCCCGAAGGAUCACUCUCUCUCCGGCGCGCCUCCACAUAGGAUAGUGAAUAAACGUUUUUAUAUGUGUUAACUUAUUCGCGUGCAUUCGUCCACCUCUUAUUUUAAAUACAUGACGACAGACCUUAACAGUGGCGACGAGAAUUUGUUUUAAAAGUUUAGUGUCUGUAAAGUAAAAGUCUGUGUUUCAACGUGUAAGAGUGUUCUAAAAAAACUCCAACAUCACGUCGAAGCGGCGCAGGAUGAACAGCGGAGAUGGAGCGAUGGAAGUCCCGAUGGAUGAAGACCAGCGACGAUCAUCGUUAGGCCGUAUCGAUUACCGUGCAAUGACUGGGCCUUCCGGUGGGCGGUCCGGACAAACCGGUGAGGUUCCUUCCGUGUACGAUCCGCCGGCCCAUGUUUAACCAGGAUCGCGCGGCUACGUGAGUCAGCAAGCGCAGUUAACACCGAGGCCAGUGCAGCUAGGACCAUCGCAACCAGCGCCAUCGCAGUCAGCACCAUUGCCAUCCGUACAAAAUGGCCAGAUGGGUCAACAACCUCUGGAUAACGCCGUCCUGGACCAAACCUUGCACUUGCUGCAACAGCAAUUGCAGCAACAGCAACAGUUAAUUUCGCAAAUGUUGCAACAGCAGCAAUUCGCGCCGCAAGCCCAGCAACAACCCGCACAGCAGUACCAGCCCGCCGUCCCUAGUAACCCAGAACUUAUACUCAAUGCUUUGGCCAAUAGCAUUGCAGAGUUCCGGUAUGAAGCUGAAUCUGGUGUUACUUUCGAAGCUUGGUUCACACACUACGAGGACCUGUUUGCCAAAGACGCUUCGCGGCUAGGCGAUGAGGCUAAGGUAAGGCUUUUAGUGCGUAAGUUGGGAACACCAGAACAUGCCCGUUAUAUAAGCUAUAUUUUACCCCGCUCACCACGUGAUUUAUCGUUUGAGGAAACCGUCGAUAAGCUGACAGCACUUUUUUGGUGUAGAGAAUCUCUCCUUAGUAAGCGCUACAGAUGCCUCCAGAUUUGUAAAAAGCGCACGGAAGAUUUGAUCGCGUUCUCCUGUCGGGUAAACCGAGCAUGCGUCGAGUUCCAGUUUGCGAGCAUGAACGAAGAGACCUUCAAGUGCCUAAUGCUGGUGUGUGGGCUCAAAGAUGAGGCUGACAAUGACCUGCGAACUAGACUCCUUGCGCGCAUAGAGGAGCGGAACGACGUUACGCUUGAACAAUUAUCCGCAGAGUGUCAGCGUAUUACAAGUGUGAAAGGAGACAGCGCUAUGAUAGCCGGAGAGACGAGUGAACGUGUUUUCGCAGUACACAGCGGAGAGAAAAGAUCGCAUGAGAAAGCAGCGCAGCAAACUAAUUACAAGUGGUUCACGCCGUACCGUACCAAACGACCGUUCCGUGCAAACGAUGCUGUGUGUUCAUCAACAAGCAAGCCAGCGAAGCCAUGUUGGUUGUGUAGUGACAUGCACUGGGUGCGUGAGUGCACUUACCGUUCGCACAAGUGUCUCGACUGUGGGAGAUAUGGUCAUCGUGAGGGGCACUGCAACACAGCGAGCAUGAAGAAGCGGUUCAAUGUUCGGCAACGGAAUAUCAACACUCGUGUAGUAACGGUCAACGUCCGAAGCAUACGAGAGCGCCGCAGAUUCGUGUCCAUCGCUCUCAACGGAACAGCUGUUCGAUUGCAGCUAGACACAGCUUCGGAAUCAGUGUCAUCGACCGCUGUACGUGGAGAAAAAUUGGCAGCCCGCCGUUAACACUGUCAACCGUCACAGCUAAAACUGCAUCGGGAGCUACACUGGUAUUGGAUGGUGAAUUCAGCUGUGCUGUUAGUGUUGGUAGCUAGACGAGGCAGGCGACACUCAGCGUAUGCGGAGCAGCAAACCUACUACUACUGGGAGCCGAUUUGAUUGAUGUUUUCUCCCUCUGGUCGGUGCCGAUGGAUGUGUUCUGAAAUCACGUUGCAGUAGCAGGACAGCAAUCGUUCCAGCAGCUAUUUCCCAAGGUGUUUACGGGAACAGGACUCUGUACAAAGGCGAGUAUAAAAUUUACCUUGCGGGAUAAUGUUCGUCCUGUUUUUAGACCUAGCCGCCCAGUAGCUUACGCGAUGGAGGUAACCGUGAGUCGUGAGCUCGACCGUCUUGAGGAGUUGAAUGUCAUCACUCCUGUAACUACUGCAGAAUGGGCAGCUCCAGUGGUCGUCGUGCGCAAAGCAAACGGACUUGUUCGUAUUUGCGGCGACUAUUCGACGGGACUUAAUGCUGCGUUAUUCCCCCACGACUACCCGUUACCUGUACCAGAGGACAUUUUUGCAAGGCUGGCAAAUUGCAAGGUCUUUAGCAAAAUAGACCUGUCAGAUGCAUUUUUGCAAGUGGAAAUUGAUCCAGAAUACCGUCAUUUUUUGACCAUAAAUACGCAUCGAGGGCUCUAUACGUACAACCGACUUCCACCUGGCAUUAAGAUAGCUCCACCAGCCUUUCAGCAAUUGAUGGACAUAAUGCUCAAACGUCAAACGUCAUAGUGACUGGUCGAUAAUUCUUUGCGCUCCGAUAUUUUAUAAAAUUAUUCAGUGAAAACUUAUCCAUAACGCAACUUGCUUGCUAGUGCUGACUGCUUCAAGACCUGGUUUUCAUUAACAGUCGGAAAUUGCUCAUCUGCAAUCACCUACAAUCAUUUUUCCUGCUCUACAAUCAAUACCCCAUUUCAACUAUUGCUGUACCAUUUUACAAUGGCCGGUAUCUGCGCCGCUUGUGCCAACGACAUCGUACCUGCUGAUCGAAUUGUGAAAUGCCAGGGUUGGUGCAAUGCCGAGUUUCAUUUCACAUGCAGUGGACUCUCUGAGGAACUGUCCGCUAGUAUAGAGUCCUGUGCACAACUUUUUUGGGCAUGUAAAGCUUGUGUAAAGUUUCAUAGAGAUCCGCGUUCGGCUGUGCUUAGGUCGUCUACCCCUUACAC